AUGAGGCGUGACGCCGCUUACUGCCUUUUCUGCUUCACGCUUGCUCUGUCUCUGCCCGUACGCGGCAACGAGCGGUUCUACAGUGACAAAUCUCAAGAGCCAUAUCAGCAGCACCGCCAGCCUGCGGACUUGAACUCUCCAGGCGUUUUCGGGCCCUCCGCUGGAUUCUCCCCUAUUCCAGAGGGCCCUGAGGGGGCCUCCUCUGGGCUUUCCUCGAGCCCCUUCGGCCCUCCUACCCCUUCCCGCAGCAAUCCUAGCUCCCGGUACAAUUUGCUUGACAAGCUCUCUACGAAGUUGUACGAAACAACUGAUCUUUCUUCCGAUGAAUCCACUCAAGACGACCACUCCGUCUCAGAUGACGCAUGGAGUACUGCCGUUGAGCCAGCCGAGGAAGACCCGGUGACAGACGCGGACUUGAAUUGUGCUCCCAGCAAGUUCUUAUCCCCCGUGGGCCAUGCACGGUCAAUAGGGGAGGCCUCGGAGUUGCUGCUGGCCUUCAAGGCCUUCGCAAAACAGUCAGCAGCAGCAGCGGCAGCGCACAAAAAGAAAAAGAUGCUCAUCUUCGUCACUGCAGGCACCGGCGAGGAGCUCAUUGGUAACCGGCAAAUUUCACAGAGAUGUGUCAUAGAUGCUUCUUUUGACGAGUCAUUCGUGCUUAGCACUGUUUUCCUUUUGUUGCUUUGUUCCGUCUUGUCUCCCCUGUACUCCCUGCCUUCUGUUGGCUUUCCCGAUUUUUUCGUGCAUGCCCAUCACUUGCUGUUGGUGCAGCCGACAGUCCGCAAGAAACGCACGGGUUUUUUCAACCCGAGUGACGGCGUGGCGGAGCUAAGCGACGACGGCCGUCUGCAGGUGGAGCUGUUGCACGAACUGUUCACACGAUUUGUAAAGCAAACGAAGGACUUGCCUGCAGAGCAGCGGCGGCAGGCUUGCGUGGACGUAUUCCUGACCUCUACCCUUCAGUCAGGAGUUGAGACGUGUCUUGAGGUUUUCACGGGGAUCCUGGAGCCUCUUUCUUGCCAACCU